GUACACCAGGCGGCCCACAAAUCCGAGUGUUCUCUUUGCGUUCAUCAUCAGUCUGAUCGACACACACACUACUCUACAUCCGCACUUUUCUCGCCUGUUCAAAGGGAAACCGACGCAUAAAAAACUGCAACCAUGGGAGUGGAAGGCUGCACCAAAUGCAUCAAAUAUAUGCUGUUUUUCUUCAACUUCAUCUUCUGGCUGGCUGGAUGUGUAAUCCUGGGCGUCUCUCUGUGGCUCCGCCAUGACGAAAAAACCAGCAGCCUGAUGGGGCUCAAGUUUGAAGAAGAACAAGCACCCAACACCUUCUACAUCAGUGUCUACAUCCUGAUUGCUGUUGGUGCUGUGAUGAUGUUUGUUGGGUUCCUCGGUUGCUAUGGCGCCAUCCAGGAGUCUCAGUGCUUGCUGGGAACUUUCUUCGCCUGCCUGGUUAUCCUGUUUGCCUGUGAGGUUGCUGCUGGUAUCUUGGGAUUUAUCCACAAAGACAAGGUUUAUAAAGAAAUGACCGGCUUCUAUGACUCUGUGCAUCAACGAGCCACGGGCCAGGGUGAGAAGAAAGAGGCUGCGGCAGCCGUCCUGAAGGUCUUCCACGAGACUCUGCAAUGCUGUGGCAGGACUAGCUUUGAGGCAACUUUAAGUGGCCUUAAAGAUGAUGUGUGCCCAAAAGCAGAAGGGAAGUGGAUCCAAGAGGGCUGUCAUUCCAAAAUUAAGGCGCUCUUCAGCGAAAAGGUCCACCUGAUUGGUAUUGCUGCCUUGGUUGUUGCUGUCAUUCUGAUCUUCGAGAUGAUCUUCAGCAUGGUGCUCUGCUGUGGAAUCCGGAACAGCCCUGUAUACUGAAAGGAGAUUAGCUGAAGCAGGCUGUGUGUUUGUGUGUGGCAUCUGGAGAUACCAGUCAAUGAAAUUGAAGGAAAACUUACUCUCCUGAUUAAUUUUUGUACCUACCCUAAUUUCCUAAUGUAGUCAUUUUGUCUUAGGGAACAAAUGAUAUUCUCUGGUUUGUUUUGUUAAUAUGAUACUUUUGAUAGUCACUGUCUGCAGUUGUGUAUGCUGCAUACUCACUGUUGAGGCAACAUUGACCAUGUAGACAAUGGCAGACUAGGACAGAAUUAUUAGAUGCUUACACACAUACACAACUUAAAAAAACAAAUUGAAUAUGUAAAUCACAUUGGCCAAUUCCGUUCUGUUUUUUUUUUGUUUUUUUGUAGUAGUAGUGUUAACAGUAAGGAUAUCACUAUUGCUAUCGGGUUCUUAUAUUCUUUUAUUAUGUAUGUAAGACUUUAUUUGUUUCUUUGGUAUGUAAAAGAAACUGUAUAUAUUUGCAGCCUUUUGGCUUUCCGGCAUGGAUAUUGUAAUUAAACAGCCCUAUGGACCUUCUUUUCUGAAUGUGCUUAUACGUUUUCUCAAAAAGUCAACCACUAAGAAACAGUAUUAGUGAAAAGAAAGAAGGUCAGACCUUAAAACGUGAAUAUUAAAGUUAAAUUCUUGUACCUUGGUGUAACCUAAUUAUGUAAUACCGUGUAGCCUUGGCUCCCCUUGUGCCAUAUGCUUUGGGCCAGCCAACUGCCAGAAACAUAGAUGUUACAAGCAUGAUCAUGCUUUGAAAUCCUAGCAAGUCUUUAGAAAUAAAAUAAAUGUGUCUUCUAAUGCUAUUGCUGUGACUAAUGCUUGCCCGCAUGUUCUCCCCUGAGGGAGGUUGGAAACCAACAGAAUUGUUCGCAUAGCUUUGCCUUUACUGCUGGUGUUCCUUUGACCUCUGACCCCAGGCCACCCUCACACUCUGACUAACCCAAGCCAAAGCUCUUAUAUGCACCUCCCAGCCUUAUUGACCGAAUGCCCUAUCCUUUAGAAGCUGGGACUGCAUUAUUUAGUAUGUCCUGUUGAUUCCUAGAGGAACUUAUAUAUUGUACACUAUAUUCUGUAUCCAUUUGAUGGAAUGCUGUGCUUUAAGAAAAAAAGGAUAAAAGAUGUUAGUAUUAUUUUAAUUACUUCAUGCUGGCAGUUUCUUUACAUAACAAUCACAAUAUCAUAGUCUUCUUCAGUGUACUGUAAGGCUCUGGUGUGCGAGUGUGUGCGUGGAAAAAUCUAGUUUUAAGGAGUCAACCUCACUGCCACUGCCAAUAACAACCUUUACUGUGUACUUCCUCUUCCCACCACAAGGUGUCGCCCAAAUAACACAUUUCAUUAUCCAUCAUGCACUAUCUAUUAUCUCUGGUUAAUUCCUUUAAUAUCACUUGAAGAAAUACACUUACAAAUAUUCACUACGUAAAAUGAGUCCACACCUAUUUUAAGUCAUCACAUACACGCACACACACUAUUUACAUUACUUUCAUACAAGCUGUAUUUGUCACUUAAUGCCUAUGCUAAUAUGCUGAUAAAAUGUCUUAUAAUAUGUACAGCUAUAUAUUAUUAUACUAACGACUAUGUAAAGGCAUUGUGAUAUCUUUUUUUCUGGUACUUUAAAUAAAGGACAGAGAUUACAGUGAAAGCCAUUGUGAAGGCAUUUGCAAUCCUGGCAGGCCAACUGAAGGAGACAGACAUCAGCUUGAUAAUAACAGAUAGGAAUUACAUGAAGAAAAACGAUGGAAUUUAUACUUAUGAGCUAUCAUUGGAACAAUUUUGCUUUUAGUUUUCCAUUUAGUUUACUGGCAACUUUCACUUCAAUUUCUGUCCUGGUUCACCUGGUUUAUAUAGUUUUUGGUUCUUUUUUGUUGCCCGAAUACUUAGGGAUUAAAUGUAUUUUACAAAUAAAA